UAGUGGCGGACCAAUAUGGCGGCGCACCAUAACAGCAACUUGGGUGUUGAACGGUAAAACUACUUACGCGUGAUUAUGUUAAAUGUGGAUGAUAACCACUAUUAUCUGCGCCAGUGAUUAUACAUUAGUGCAACAAAGGCAACACGCUUAUACUAGCUUUGGGGGCUCUAACGGACACUUGAGCAAUGUGGGGUGAAAUCGAACCACCCGUUAAAAUACAACCCACGCCGUCUGAUAAAUGUGUUAAGGACGACCAGCGCACAAUACCUGAGAACCCGUUGAUACUGCUCCGUAUUUCCCACAGUGACGAUCCAAAACCACUGCAAGAUACCCAGGUGUCUCAAGAUGUCCCCGCUGAUGUUCACGCCUUGUUGGAGGCUGUAGUUGCGAGUGGAAGCCAAGUAAAGAGUCAGCAGAUAGGAGAUGCGGAACUGACAACAGAGGAACGUAGAAAGGAGCUACUUCAUCAAUACGGGAGCAAACCACUGGUCUUCCUGGAGCGCUAUCAUAGAUGCCUAAAGCCGGUGCAUCUGCCAGCUUUUUCCCAUGUCAGCACUGACCCACGGGCUCAGCACUAUUGUGAAGUGAUCCAGAGGCAAGCAGCAGGAAACACCCACAAGACGCAAGUUCGAAACCAGCGGUACGCUGCACUCAUGGCACUGCAAAAAGAGGGUCAAUAUUUCAGUGAAGAACAGAUGCGAACCAGGGAGCCACUGCUGUAUGAACAAUAUAUUGGACAGUACCUAACUGAUGAGGAGGUGAUAGAGCGCGCCCACGAGGCCAUGUUGGGUGGUGCACAGGAAGGACAGGAGGCAUCAGCGGGAGCCGCAGGAGGCCUGACACACCUCCUCCUUAACUCUUACCAAGAGCGUCUCAUCCAAAAUCGUCUGCAGGAGGAGCAGGAUAGAGAGGAGGGUGCACGGGAAGAGGACGAGGAUGAGGAGGAUGAAGAAGACAGAGUCCACGAGAAGACUUGGGAGCCGACCUCUGAGGAGAAAGCACUACUUCGGGAGGAGUUCAUCAGUCAGAUGCACCAUCGCUUCCUUGAUGGUAAAGACACGGACUUCAACUACAGUGAAGUGGACGAGAACCCUGACUAUGACAACCUUGACAUCGUCAAUAGAGAUGCAGAGGAAAAGUACUUUGAUGAAGACGAUGAGGAAGAAGAUGAAGAAAUGAUGGUAGAAUAGUGACCACAGGGAUGACAAAUCAUAAAGUUAAGUGGUCUGUUUGUGUUAUGUUGGACACAAAUGCAUAUACUUACAAUAUGUAAUAAAUGUUGUUUUGGUAUUUUUUAUGAUGAUUUUUCUCAUGGGAAACGCAAACCCCACUGGCAAGAGUAAACUGGCCAAAAUGUUUCAUUGAUUAGUAUAAGAUACUUCAUUAGGUACACAUGCACAAUCUAAUGAGAUUCAGUACAAGAGCUUUAUAAAACAAAUGAUUAGAUCCACACACUGCAAACUAUAUUUUCCCUUCUUGCAUUGUAUCUCAUGCUCAGGUUGGGCUGGUUUGUAGGAGCAUUUGUCUUGAAAACAUCAAAAACAAAUGUAUAUUACUUGUCAUCAUGAGGAACAAUAUUGUAGUAAUGAUUAGUCAACAUGGCUCUAAGUCUAUUUAAUUAGAAAGGAUCAUAGUUUCACUGUUAAAUCGGUGGUGUCGAACUAAUUUUUGUCACAGUCCACAUCAUGGUUGUGGUUUCUCUUAGAGGGCCGUUAUGACUGAGAACUACAUCCAGUACACAAUUGGCCCCACAUGUUUUUUGUUUUGUUUUUUAAAAUAACCACUAUAUAUAAGUCUACACACCCCUGUUAAAAUGCCAGACUUUGGUGAUAUAAAAAAAUGAGACCAAGAAAAAUUAUUUCAAAACAUUUUCCACCAUCAAUGUGACCGAUAACUUGUACAAAUAAAUUGAAAAAAAUGACUCUUAUCGAGAGAGAAGAUAUAAAUAUUUAUAAAGAUAAACAAUUGAAAUGUAGUUGCACAAGUGUGCACACCCUCAUAACCGGGGAUGUGGUUGUUUUCAGAAUUAACCAAACACAUUCAAACCGAUGUCAGCACACACCUGUCACCAUUACACACCUGUCAUCAUUUAAAGUGCCUCUGACUAACCAGAAAUACAAUUAAGAUGUUCUAGUUGUCUUUUCCUGACAUAUUUGCUUUCUAGCAAAACCAUGAAGGGUUCGCGCUAACGCUGACGGCUAUUGUGUACUGUUCAUAAUGCCCUCCACCUUGUCUAAGGCCCCUGUUCUAGCUGAAGAAAAACAGCCAUGUUUCAUUGGACUAUAACAAAAUCUCCCAACCAAAUGUGGGAAAAUGUGUAUUUGUAUUUGUGUUCAGCAAACAUCACUUAAACUAUACAAUAUCACAUCGAUUAAUGGAUGGCUAACCCCUGUGGUCACGUGUAAAUCUUGUUGAGAGAUAGGGAAUAAAAAAAGAGUGAGCAGAAAGAACUUUCAUGGCUAACUAGUUUCAACAUUUAGCAUGAGCCCUUCUUUCUUCACUUUCUAUCAGCCAGCCUCUGUAGUAGGGCGAUGACUGUGUCCUGUUUGGAGGAGAGCAGUUCCAGGGCUGUAGCGAUCCUGCACAGGGACUUUCCCAUCCGCACCUCCCUCCUCUCACGUCGCCUUUCUCUGGCUUCCAUCCGGCCACGAGCUACACCAUCCAGGUCAAUCUGCUCCUCCCUAUGCUUUAAUAUCUCCUGGUAGAAAGAGGAGCCGUGCUGCUCGUUUCCCAUGUGGCCGUCAAGUCCUGAUAUGGCUGACGUGGAAACAGAGGAUGUGAGAGAGGAGCAUGUGGAGGGGAAAUUGGAAGCGAGGUUUUGGUUGUUGCUACGGCGGAAGCAUAUGACAUCUGUUGGGAAGGACAGAGCGUUGCGGGAUGCGUUCAGGUCUGUGUUGACGGUGGACACAAGAGAAGGGGAGGCGGUUUGUGUAAAACAAGGUGAGGAGAUAAAUGAUUGUGUUGGAUCAGUGGAGGCCAGAUGAAGGUUGGAUGUUACAAUGUCCCUGUUAAGGACUAUCAGGGGUUUGAGGUCCGGACUUUCUGUUUGGCGAACAGCUGACAUUGAUGCAAUGACACCAGUGCUACUACUGCUGACAGCAGCCUGACCCUUGACCCCUGAUUCCACUUGAAGCGACGUGGGGAAGUUCCCAUUAGGACGGACGACAGUGGUGGGCGGCGGAACGUGUAAUCUUGGUGCGACUUUUGCCGAGGCUUGUGUGAUGAUAGCUCCACUGCCUUUGCCGCGUUUGCUGCUGCUGUUGUAAGAACCCACAGUGUCACAGAGUGUGGCAUCCAUCAGCUGCAACAUGGACAAGCGUUAGAGCUCAUGUAACUUUCAUUUAUUGUAUGUAUUAUUCACAACAUGGGCCAGCUGUGAUUGACUGGCAACCAGUCCACUAUUCCAGGGUCUACUGUGCCUUUUGCCUCAAAGUAAGCUAGGAUCAACUCUAGCUCACCUGUGAAAAUUUAUUAAUCAACAGCUCACUUAUGUUUACACUUUUAUGACUUAUUAUACCAAAUAUUUGGAGGUCAACCAGCACCCCUGAAUAAAUUGUAUUCCAACUUAGGGGAUUCUCUGUAAUUUUAUUAUCUUUACCACACAAACAGAAAAGGUUUUUUUUCGGACCAUCAUACUCACAUCAAAGAACUCCCAGGAUGUUUUGGCGUGUCCCGUCUCUCGACUGCGAUCUUUGACCCUUUUGUACGUGACAAUCAGGUUGUUCCACUUGCGGCGAAUCCUUUCAACAGGAAGGAAGUGCCCCUUGGCGGCCAACUCCUCCUGGACGCUCUGGAAGAGCUGUGAACGCUCCCGGGUUUCAUACAGGCCCCAGCGGCGGCCGACCGCAUCAAUCAGACACAAAACAGCCUUGGAGGAGAAAUCGGAACCGAGAGGAGGAGCAGAUGGCAUCACCGAGGCUGGGGAAAAAACACAGCAGGGAAACUUUUUAAUGAUUUGAAACACAAACCAAAGAGUAGUCAUCACUCAAAUUUGCUCUAAACAAGUCCAACCAGAAUUGCUAAAAAGAAGUAAGGUGCCUGAAAAUCAGUUUAUAUUUAGGCACAUCUGAAACAUGCUGGCUCACUGGCACCUGCUCGUUAAUGCAACUAUCAAUCAGCCAAUCAAAUGGCAGUAACUUGGUUGGUUGUCACAAUUUUCCAUGAGUUCUGAUUUCAAACUCAAUUUUUUGUUAAAAAUAAAUGCAGGGGUAAUUGUGUGAUUGUAAUCAUAAUGAGAUGACUAUCCAUUAUAUGAUAUUCAGUCAUAACGGUCCUCUGAGGGAAAUCAUAACUAAGUGGCCCACGAUGAAAAUUAAUUCGACACUCAUUGCAUAGGCCAAAGAACAUCAUUGCAUGUGCCAAACACGCCCACGGGGCUGGUUGUUCAAAAUGCAAACUAUGAGCUAUGGAAAUGCCUUAAACAAGCGCAUUUAGGUAAUGGCCAAUUAAAGUAUGUAGCUUCAAAUUAUGUACGUUUUUCCUUAAA